GUCCUUACCGACUCAGAAACACGCCCCUAAUCAUCCGCUCUUCCAAUCGCCCCCCCUCCCCCGCGCAUUCUUCUUCCCUCCCACCGCCAUCUCCCCCAUAGCCGGCAGCUCUCCUUUGAUGUAACAGCGUUCCCGAACUGUCCCGCUUGUCUUCUCUCAGAGGGAGAGAUUGCGCGUAAUUCGUGCCAGGGUUAGUUUUGUUGUUUUAGAUGAUUUUCCCGGCAUUUUUUGGUGUAAAUUGACGGGAAAUGGCGAAGGGAGUGAGGUUGGGGGUUGGGGGAUGUUCGUGCACAACUGCACAGGGCGUUAGCUCUCGUUCUGUUUGUGCGAUCAAGGGAGAUUUUAAUGCGAGGGUGGUUUUGGAACCGAGAUGCAGGCAGGUUAAGUCCAAAACAGGAUAUGGAAGAGGCGGGGCAGCUUAGAAGGGCAAUUAACGAUGCCACGGCAGGUGCAAUUUCCGGUGGCAUAUCGAGGACCGUGACAUCGCCGCUCGAUGUGAUUAAGAUCAGAUUCCAGGUUCAAUUGGAACCUACUUCUAGAUGGGCCUUGCUUGCCAGGGAUGUAUAUCAACCUUCUAAGUACACUGGGAUGCUGCAAGCAUCUAGGGACAUAUUCAGAGAGGAAGGCUUACCGGGCUAUUGGCGGGGUAACGUUCCAGCACUUUUGAUGGUGAUGCCAUAUACUGCCAUACAAUUUACUGUGUUGCACAAGUUGAAAACCCUUGUUUCUGGAUCUUCAAAAUCAGAAGACCACAUGAACUUGAGCCCAUUAGUUUCAUUUACCAGCGGAGCAUUAGCAGGCUGUGCAGCUACCGUUGGAUCAUAUCCAUUUGACCUGCUAAGAACAUUAUUAGCUUCACAAGGGGAGCCAAAGGUUUACCCAAACAUGAGGUCUGCAUUUGUUGAUAUACUUAGAAGUCGUGGGAUUCGAGGCCUGUAUUCUGGAUUGAGUCCUACGCUCGUCGAAAUCAUUCCUUAUGCUGGUUUGCAGUUUGGAACUUAUGAUGCAUUCAAGCGCUGGACAGUGGAUUGGAACCGUUUUAGGUCAUUAGACAUGAGCCAAGGUGAUUUUGCUCCUUCAAGCCUCCAGCUCUUUUUCUGUGGUUUAGCUGCUGGAACAACUGCUAAAGCUGUUUGUCAUCCCCUUGAUGUAGUGAAAAAGAGGUUUCAGAUUGAAGGACUAAAGAGGCAUCCAAGAUAUGGCGCUCAAGUUGAGCAUAAUGCAUACAGAAAUAUGAAUGAUGCUCUCCAUCGCAUUUUACUCCAUGAGGGAUGGGCUGGGCUUUAUAAAGGCAUAGUUCCAUCAAUUGUUAAAGCUGCUCCUGCUGGUGCUGUAACAUUUGUUGCCUACGAAUUUACAUCAGAUUGGUUAGAAUAGAUUGAGAUGAACCUAACUUGUUUAUUUUCAAUUUUUCCUCGUGUGCUGGGGUAAGCAAGUUGGAUUUUGUCAUUCUUUCAACUUGAUUUAUACACAAGGGUCCCCGGCGAUAGGAAGGAAAUAAAGGGGAUGGGGGACACUGCUCAUAUAUAUUUUUUUGAUCCCACGAGGGCAUAAUUUUAUAGUUAUAGGAAGUUUAGUAGCAGGAUUUGUUGUUCACACAGCAGAAUGCUGUUAUUCAUCUUAUUCAUAGAUAUAAAAUGGUUCCAUAUUGCAAUA